CCAGCCGAACCAGUCCCAGCUCGACUCUGAGCCCCGACGGUUGUAGCCGCGCUAGUCAUAAUUUCCGCAACACUCGGAGCCAGAAUUAAUUUUAUUUCAUUUUAUUUGUAUUUUCCUCCCCUUCCCGCCCCUUUUUGACCACCAACGCUAACAAAAUGCGUCGCGCAGACGCUUUUGCUGUCACGGUUUGUGCGAUUUUGGCCCUGCUGCAGAUGAUGGAACCGGUAAAGGCUGAGGGUAAAUAUACCAUUGUGGGUCCCGGAACCAUCCACUCCCAUCGCGAUUACAAUGUGGCCAUUGCCGUUCACCAGACCAAUGAGCCGGUCACCCUGAAGGUGGGCAUCACCGGGCCCUCCUACAACGAAACCCAGACCGUGGAGCUGGCCAAGUCCGAUGAGUACAAGCAGAUCACCUUCAAACUGCCUCCAUUGGCGUCGGGUGACUAUAAUCUCACGGCCGAGGGUGUCAAGGGUCUGGAGUUCAAGAACUCCACCAAGCUGAACUGGGAGAACUUCAAGCCGUACAUCAAAAUCCAGACCGACAAGGGCAAGUACAAGCCCGGCGAUACGAUCAACUAUCGUGUGAUCUUCCUCAACGAGAACUUGCUGCCGGAUACGGCCGCGGAUGAGGUGGUCGUUUGGUUCGAGGACUCCAAACGGAACCGCAUCAAGCAGGAGAAGCACAUCAAGACCACCGGUGGCGUGUACACGGGAAAAUUCGAACUCUCCGAGUUCGCCACCUUGGGCACUUGGUCUCUUCAAGUGCAGAAUGGCGAUCAACAGACCAGAGAAGGCGGCAUCUAUCGUGGUCGUCAAAGAAUUAUUGGAGGAUUCGGCCCCACCUGGCGUCGGUCGGAUGAACGGGUCAACUUCGAGGUGGAGAAGUAUGUGCUGCCCAAGUACUCGGUCAAAAUGGAGGCCACCAACCAGGUUUCAGUGAGAGAUGGCGAAUUGAACGUGGUCCUGAAGGCCAAUUACACCUAUGGCAAGCCCGUGAAUGGCAAGGUUCUGGUCAAUGUACGCCUGGAUGAGACGAGCGUGUGGGAGAAUGUCGAUGGCAAGACCGUGCGCAAGGACUACCCCGGCCACUCUGUAAUUGGCACCGCCGACAUGGUCGCUGGCAAGGCCAAGUUGACCAUGGACCUGAAGGAGUUCGCCAGCUAUAUGCCGCACAAGUACUCCACUUCGUAUGCCCAGAUUACGGCCACCGUCGAGGAGGACUUCACCGGCGUGAAGCUCAACGAGACGGGCGGUGUCCAACUAUAUCCCUAUCGCUACGAGAUGUCCUGCACGGACUAUAGCACCUGCUUUUCCUUCAAGCCCGACAAGGAGCACGAAAUCGUCUUUAAAAUAACCCUUGUCGAUGGUACACUGCUCACGGACACCAAGUCUGUGGUGAAGGCCAAGUUCACUGAGGGAAUUCGUCGCAAUUAUGGUUUUUACGGCUAUGGAAACAACCAGGAGGAGCCACCACUGCCCAAGAUUGAGAACAAAACUUUCGUGUUCGAGAGCCAUUUGAAUGAGUCCAGCCUGGCGCCUUUCAAGGUGACUCUACCCGAUCUGCCGGACUUGGCCAACUUCACCCGCUAUUAUCAAAUUGAGCUGGAGUUUGCCGACGAGAAGCGCGAACUCUACACCACCUAUCCCUAUAGGGAGCCAAAGAAGGUUGAAAACCCCGAGGAGGAGGAGGUGGAAAAGGAGUGGUUCAAGGCCGAAGUGCAAAGGCCCAAAGACACAUGGAGCCUUAAAAUCGGCCAGGAGUAUCAGGUGACCCUCAACUCCAGUCGUCCGCUGAAAUACUUUGUGUACAACAUUGUGGGACGCGGAAACAUUCUGGAAACGAAGCGAGUGGAGUUAGAGGAGCCCAAGAAAACCGUCAAUGUGACAUUGAAGCCCACCUUCCAAACCUCUCCCCACGGUCGUGUGUACUUCUAUUACGUGGAUGAGACUGGCGAAUUUCGGUAUGCCGAGGAAACCUUCAGCGUGGAUGUGGAGUUGCAGAAUAAGAUCGAAAUCAAGGCGCCCGAGGAAGUGAAGCCGGGUGCCGAUGUCGAGCUGGAGAUCAAGACGUCGCCAAAGUCCUUCGUUGGCCUUUUGGCCGUCGAUCAGAGUGUGCUCCUGCUGGGCAACAACAACGACUUGAACAAGGACUCCUUCAACUGGCGUCUGAAUGGCUACGACACCUCCACUCCUUGGCAGGGUGGCUACUCCUACUUCCCCGGAGAGCGCUCCGGUGUCGUCACGAUGACCAACGCCUACUUCUUCUACAAUCGAACCGCUCCAUUCUACCAAUUACAAGCCUUUGGAGCUGCUGGAGCUGCUGGAACUGGAGGUAGUUUCGCCAUGAGGAAAACCGCGUUGGUACAAGAUAGCCCGAUGUUACACUCAACAACCGCAAUGAUGGGAGCAGCUGCUCCCCAAGCCAUUGGAUUUGCUGAGUCAGGACCGGCAAACCCUGUGGUGCGAAAGAACUUUGCGGAGACGUGGAUUUUCGCCGACAUUGAGAGCACGGAGGAGGAGGUAUUCAAGUGGAUUAAGACCAUACCCGAUACGAUUACCAACUGGGUGGUCACCGGCUUCUCGCUGCAUCCGCUGAAGGGCUUGGGUGUCACGGAUGAGCAGGUGAACAUUAAGACCUUCCAGCCGUUCUUCGUCUCCGUCCGACUGCCAUACUCUGUGAAACGCGGCGAGGUGAUCAAUGUGCCGGCUCUGGUCUUCAACUAUCUGCCCAAGCAACUGGACGUGGAACUGACCCUGGACAACGAGGAUGCUGAGUACGACUUUGUGGAUGCCUCCAAUGAGGUCAUCGGUGACCAGAAGCGUUCGCAGAAAAUCCGAGUGGGUGCCAACGAAGCGGCUGGUGCCUCAUUCCUCAUCCGGCCCAAGGUCAUUGGCAAUAUACUGCUCAAAUUUACGGCCAUCUCACCACUGGCCGGCGAUGCUGUGCACAGGGCGCUGAAGGUAAUCCCCGAGGGUACCACCCAGUACCAGAACAGGGCAUUCUUUGUCAAUCUGAAGGAUACGGGCGAGUUCAAGAACACCUUCGAGCUGGAAGUGCCGGCAGAGGUGGUUCCCGAUUCGGAGCGUGUGGAAUUCGGACUGGUGGGUGAUCUCCUGGGACCAGUGGUCAAGAAUCUGGAGAAUCUCCUGCGAUUGCCCAGCGGUUGCGGUGAGCAGACCAUGUCCAAGCUGGUGCCCAACUACCUGGUCAGGGAUUACCUGAAGAGCAUCAAGAAAUUGACGCCCGCCCUGGACACUCGCAUCAAGCGGAACCUGCAGGAGGGCUAUCAGAAUAUGCUGCAAUAUCGCCACGACGAUGGCAGCUUCAGUUCCUUUGGACCGCACAAGUGGCGGCAGGAGGAUCCGGAACGCAUUGGCUCCACCUGGCUUACGGCCUAUGUCCUGCGUUCGUUUAGCAAGAUCAAGGACAUCGUUGAUCUGGAUGAGCAGAUUUUGGCCAAGGGCUAUCAGUUCCUGCUCACUCGCCAGGCCGAAAAUGGCAGUUUCACGGAAUUGGGCGAAUUUUUCUACAGCUCGCAGAGAAAUCUGCUGACCCUUACGGCCAACUCGCUGCUGGCCUUGCUGGAGGAGGAGAAGCCCAACCAGGCGGCCAUUGACAAGGCGGUGGCCUAUCUGGGCUCCAACACGGCCGAAUCCGUGGAGCUGUUGCCCAAGUCCAUAGCCAUCUAUGCGUUGCAAAGGGCCAAGGCUCCACAAGCAGCCAAACAGGUGGCCGACCUUAAAUCGCUGGCCAAGCAGGAGGAUGAUCGCACUUGGUGGACCGAGGAUCUGGAGAAGCUGUACAAAUCGAAGAACUGCGCACGCUGGUGGUGUUGGGUGUGGAGUCAGGAUGUGGAGAUCACCUCGUAUGCACUGCUCUCGCUUUUGGAAUCCGAGCAGGAGACGGCCGACACGGUGCUGAAUACGGUUCGCUGGCUGGUGGCCCAGCGAAAUAGCUACGGAGGAUUCGCCUCCAGCCAGGACACUGUGGUGGGUCUCACCGCCCUCAUCAAGUUCGCCGAGAAGUCGGGCUACGAGGCGGCCAAGUGGGAGGUGACCGUCUCCAACAAGGGCAAGCGCGAGAAGACCGAGAAGCUGACCACAUCGGAGGAGAACGAUCUGCUGCUCCAGACGGUGGAAUUCCCGCAGGGCACCAAAUCGCUGGAGUUCGAGGCCAAGGGCACUGGCGCAGCUCUCGUCCAGAUAAGCUACCAGUACAAUGUGGUGGAGAAGGAGCCGAAGCCCAGUUUCAAGGUUGAGGCCACUGUUAUACCCGGAGCAUCGCCAGCCAAACUGGAGUUGAACGUUUGCGUGGACUUCGUGGAGGAGGGCAAGUCCAAGGAAUCCAACAUGGCCAUUCUGGAGGUGUCCCUGCCCUCGGGCUACACCGCCGAUCAGGAUAGCUUCAAGGACAUCCGUGACAUUGCUCGUGUCAGGUUGGUGGAGACCAAGAACGGUGACUCUGUGGUGGUCGUCUACUUCGAGAAUCUGGCCAAGAACGAAAACAAAUGCAUUCCCGUCCAGGCCUACAGGACCCAUGCGGUGGCCAACCAGAAGCCGUCCUCUGUGAUCCUCUACGACUACUAUGACACGAACAAGAAGGCCACCGAGUACUACUCCAUCGAGUCGAAGCUUUGCGACAUUUGCGAGGGAGACGAGUGCAAGAGCAAGUGCUAAAGUAUUCAAACCAAACAAUACAUUCUCUUCUAAAAUCAAAUAAAAUAUUGUGAUUAUAAUGUA